AUGCACAAGGCGCCGCGGCACUUCGACACAGCGAAGCUCAAGCAACUGGAGGCAGACAAUCUCUUACACUUGGCAGUGUGUGGGCUUUGUCAGAGUGAGGAGCUGAAGCCAGCACAUGCGAAGCAGGCUCCCAUCGUGGACUUGCAAAAGAUGCAAGGCCGCGGCGGGACAGCCCUGAGCGGCGACAGAACAGCGAGAGCCAUUCGAAAAAGCGCGCCUGAAAGUGCUUGGGAGCCGAAAGCGGUGGCGCAGGUCCUGGAUGCCCUUAGGCGCAGUACCUUCCGACAUGAGGCGCUCUUGGCCAUACUUUUCCACCGCUUCUUCGGCAAUCUUCCAAAGGCAGUGCAUCCACUGACACAGGCCUCUUGGUGCUUGAUCGAGUUGGACGCACUUGAUCGCGCGAAAGAUUUGAAACAGGAACUUCCAGACGAUGAACCCGAGCAAGGUUUCCCAGAAGCUCGCUAUGCUAUGCGCAGGGUCUUUGAGCUGCUGGAGGGGUUGGAUCAAGCGGAGCCUUUUACUCCAACUCAGCCGGCUGCUUCCAGGCUCACUUCAGGCGGACUGGAGGCGAUGCCACGUGCAGCAGCUGAUUCGAGCAUAUCGAUAUCGUUACGAGCUUGACUUUGGCUUGUUGCCCCAAAAGGUGAAGUCGUUCUGCAAAGUACAGUUCGACGUAUCCAGCUCUGUGGUGUCCGCAGUGGCCUGGACAUGAGGACAAAAGAUCGCACACAGCGCACGUAUGCCGGAAAAAGCAACCUUUCAUUGGCAGUGUUCAUGAUUAAAUGUCUACAAAGAUCCUAGAGCUCGGCAAGAAUUUGUGUCAAGGGGGACAUUAAAGAUCACAGAUGAC